GCGCCUACGAAGUUUGGAUCAGCGAAAUCAUGCUUCAGCAGACCCGCGUCGCCGUGGUCAUCGACUACUGGAACAGGUGGAUGGCCCGUUGGCCCACGAUCCAGGACCUCGCGGCCGCCGAACCUGAAGACGUGCUUAGCGCCUGGCGUGGGCUUGGCUACUACAGCCGCGCCACGAGGAUCCACGAGGCGGCGAAGCUGGUCGUCGCGGACCCGGCUUGGCGCGGUCUGAUGCCGUCCGACACGGCCGAGCUCGAGGCAAAAGUCCCCGGCGUGGGGCGGUACACGGCCGGUGCUGUCGCUGCUAUUGUGUUUGGCGAGGCGGCGCCCAUGGUUGAUGGUAAUGUGCUUCGCGUGUUGAGCCGGCAGCUGGGGUUGUAUGGGAACGCGAAGACGGAUAAGGCUGUCAUUGAUCUCCUCUGGGCAGCCGCAGAUGCGCUUGUCAAGGCCGUUGCAAAGGACGGACCCAACGAGGAUGAUGCAGAGCUUGCUGAGAAAGCGCCGCUCAGCGACCGUCCUGGACGAUGGGGCCAGGCGUUGAUGGAACUUGGGAGCACCGUCUGCACGCCGAAGCCGAACUGCGGCGAGUGUCCCGUCACCUCCACAUGCCGCGUGUACGCAGAGGGUCUGCAAAUAGCAGCCAAGAAGUCGAGGAAGGCGGUUGAAAAGGUUGAGGAUAUCGAGGACCUCUGUUCGGUGUGCGAGCCAUUCGAAGAAGCCGCUAUAGACGAGACCACGCUCUCAGAAGAAGAUUCUGAAGCUGAUACGCUCAAGCGGAAGCCGGCAAAGGGGGCUAAGAAAGGCGCCAAGACGCAACCGGGGCCAAAGCAGGCGACAUUAUCCGCCUUCUUCACCUCAAAAACAGCAAAGAAGAAGGAAGAAGAGGAGACAGAGCAGUUCAAGGCAGCCCAGGUUGAUGCUAGAACGCUAGAGGUCGUUGCAGAACACGCUCGAAAGUUCCCACUCAAGGUGGUCAAGAAGGCAGUCAGAGAGGAAGAAGCCCUCGUCUGCGCGAUCCGGCGCGGCGAUGAUGGCCGUUUCCUGAUACACCGACGCCCGGAGAAGGGACUCCUUGCCGGGCUGUGGGAGUUGCCCAGCCACACACUGCCGUCCGCCGGCGGCUACACUGCGACGUCCCGGAAGAAGGACGCUCAGGGGUACGUCUCGGGACUUAUCGCCACUGGGGACAAGAAGAAGCCGAGGCUGAGACAUUCCGGGGAGUUGGGUAGCGUGCCGUGGCUGUUUUCUCAUCUGAGGCUAACGAUGCAUGUGCACCUCUUCGAGGUAGACGGAUCUGAAGACCUCGUCUCGUCGCAUGUGAGGCAUCGUUGGGCUACGGCUGAGGAGGUCGAUGAAGAGUCUAUGGGAACCGGGAUGCGCAAGUCCUGGGCUUUGGUGAGGGAGAGAUUUGAGUAGUCCCCUCAUAGCAUGUAUGAUUGACGUAUCUCUCGAGUAUGGCUUCAAGGCGGAGUUAACCGUUCGGAGAAGAACCACCGAACCUGGUUGGAAGGGUAUGACAGCGAGUUGAAAAUACCAAGUCAAUCAGAGAUACUGGGAGACCAAUGAUGAUCACACGGAUGAAGAAGGGGUGCUUAAUAUACCUAGGUAUUCUUUCGUCAGUGUUCAUGAUGUAUUGUCCUCUCCAAUCAAACCGGCACAAGAGUGAAGGGUUGGCCCUCUGAUGUGGAUAAUGAGAGCAUCCAAUAUACCUGCCAAUGAGACUAGAAUAGAUACAUUCCAUUUUUCUGAACAAGCUUUGUUCACGAAAGGUACGUAACGACAAGUCCCCGACUUGUAGCUUGGUUGUACUUGUAUAACCAGGGCAAAUGGCAGAAAGGUUCAGCCCGUAACAUCACACAUG